AUGGCAGUGCUUGCGGAUAUAUUACCGGUGGUGUCGAGGAGCUCAGCUCUCGCGCUGAAGCUAUACGGCGUUGCUGUGGAGUCGCCUGAGGCCGCGAAAGACCUAGUUGCCGUCGCAAACAAAACAAAUGGUUUCGCUGCAAUACUCAAGCAGCUAGGGACCAUCAUCAAAGAGGACGAUCGUUUGCCGUCACCUGAGGCCAUCAACACCCUGGACGAUGCCAUCGAUCAGGCUCAGAACUUACUUACCAGCGUCGAGAUGACUACCUCGAUCGAGAACGACAAGUUCCAUGACCGAAGAGACAGUGUUCGCUCUACUCAACACAGCCAUCCCCGUUUAGAUCAUUCGACCAAGGCAAGCUUAGACUAUUUCACAGCUCACCUGGAAGCCUUGAGCAUGACGCUCUCUGUUUUGCUGCAAACGUUGUAUGCAGCACAGACUAUAAUGUGGUCGAACUCUAUCUUCUACUUGAGGUUACGUCCCACGGUAUCUCCGCAACAAGCCGCUAAACUUGUUGACAACGAAAAGAUUCAACUCGAGGCACUCAUUGUUCAACAACAACUAUCCAUCUUAUCAGCUUCAAACUUCUACGAACAAUCGCCACGGUCUGAUGCGCGCUUAUUGAUGGAGGCAGACAGUUCCCAGAGCUUAGUUGUCACAGAGCAUGGCGAAAGCCCUAGGCCGACCAGCCUUCGAUCUUAUCAGGAUGAGGACCUGAGAAGCCUCGACACGUCGGUAUACACCGAAGCGAAUGGUCUACCUGCGGUCUUCAGUAUAUCGGCUUCGCGCGCCGAGCACUUGCUACAACAAUGGACGAGUCUGCCUCUAUUUGAGCGCCGCUUACGAGACGAAGAACGUGAACUACAAAGGCAGAGACAAGAGUAUCAACAAGCUACUGUAGAGUCAGAUAGCGAAGAAGAGCAGAGCCGCACAUCAAAGCUUUCAGGUGAUGGCGCUCGGCGAACACAAAGGUCGGGCAGCGUACAGCCGCUGUUCACUGAGGCCAGCAGCCUGUCCAGUCCACACCCGGAGAAGCAUUACGGUCCGCCUGCACCGCCAACACCGAUCGCUACACCUCGUACAUCACAAGCGAGCAUGCCUGCUACAAAUGAACAACAAACAGCUGCUUCGCCUCGAUCUAGUCUAGGGAGUCUCCCCAUCGAGGCUGCCGCCGCGGUAGAAGCGAAAGAGGAAGACAGUGAAGUCGAUCUAGAAAUACCUUGGAAGUUGUGUACGCGCAAAUACUACUGGCGCUUUGUCGAUGCCAAGCAACAGUUGGACCGAGAUCAUGGCUAG